AUGCAUCUUUUUGCGGAGAUUCUGAGAGAGAUCACUCCCCUAGCGCCUCCUGCCCUCGAUGGGAUCCGCGACAGCGCCAAUUACCGUCGUGCAGAUACCGAGUCGGUCAUUGGACCUUCUGAUGAGGAGGGCGAAACGGAUACCGUGGACCAUUUUGGAUACGAUGGGACUUUCACCCUGGUGCGGAGCAACAGCCUCCGCCCGUCCAAUGCAUCCACAUGGGAAACGCAGUCAGGCUACGAUACUGCUCCUGCAGCGCAGGGCCCUAUCUCCAGACUCUCAGUUGGGAGUGGUUAUUUCACGGCGCGAUGGCCUGUACGGACACCCUCGAAUCGGUCGCUCCGACGGGUGCAAUCUGGACAUGUCGGGUAG